CGGCGCCUGCCCCUUCCUCCCGCGGCCGGCCCGGGGCGAGGGCCGGGCCGGGCCCGCCAUGAACUUCUCGGAGCCGUGCCGGCUGUCGGGGCUGCUGGGCAGGAUCUCCCCCGACGGGCGCUGCCUGGCUUCGUGUGUGCAGUACCGGCUCAUCGUUCGGGACGUGACCACCCUCCAGCUCCUCCAGCUGUACACUUGCCUGGAUCAGAUUCAGUACAUAGAGUGGUCGUCCGACUCCCUUUUCAUCCUGUGUGCCAUGUACAAGCGAGGGAUCGUCCAGGUCUGGUCCUUGGAGCAGCCAGACUGGCACUGUAAGAUAGACGAAGGCUCAGCAGGAUUGGUGGCUUCAUGCUGGAGUCCGGAUGGUCGUCACAUUCUCAAUACAACUGAGUUUCAUCUGCGGAUAACUGUGUGGUCCUUGUGCACCAAGUCUGUGUCUUACAUCAAGUAUCCCAAAGCUUGUCAGCAAGGGAUCGCUUUCACUAAGGACGGCCGCUAUAUGGCAGUAGCAGAAAGACGCGACUGCAAAGACUUCGUCAGCCUCUUCGUAUGCAGUGACUGGCAGCUACUCAGGCAUUUUGACACUGAAACACAAGAUCUGUUUGGGAUCGAAUGGGCUCCCAACGGCUGUGUUCUGGCAGUGUGGGAUACGUGUCUAGAGUAUAAAAUAUUGCUGUACUCCCUUGAUGGCAGACUGCUGUCCACAUACCGGGCGUAUGAGUGGUCCUUAGGCAUAAAAUCAAUUGCCUGGAGUCCCAGCAGUCAAUUUUUGGCAAUUGGCAGCUAUGAUGAAAAGGUGCGUAUCUUGAACCACGUAACUUGGAAAAAGAUCGCAGAGUUCGAACAUCCAGCAAUGGUUGCUGACACAAAGACUGUUGUGUAUAAAGAAGUGGAGAAACCUCCAUCGGUUGAAACGGAGAGGCUUUCGUUCCCACCGACAAGAGCGUUGGCUAGUUCUCUCUUCAGCACACAAAGUAAAUAUGACAUUUCCCAGGUGCCGGUCUCUUUCCAGUAUAUCAAACCAGUUGCUGAUAGGGCUAAUCCCAAAAUGGGGAUUGGGAUGUUGGCAUUCAGUUCAGAUAACUGCUUCCUGGCAACCAAAAAUGAUAACAUUCCUAAUGCUGUCUGGAUCUGGGACAUUCAAAAGCUGAAGCUAUCUGUAGUCCUAGAGCAGCUGUGUGCUAUCCAAUCUUUCCAGUGGGAUCCACGACAACCUCGACUUGCUGUGUGUACAGGAAAUAGCAAAGUCUACUUAUGGUCCCCAGCUGGAUGUGUGUCAGUGCAGGUUCCAAUGGAAGGUGAAUUCCAGAUCGUCUCUCUCUGCUGGCAUCCUAGUGGAGAUUCCAUGGCACUUCUGAGCAAGGAGAACUUUUGUAUGUGUUACUUGGAAAGAGAAGAGGUGAAAUAACUAUCAGCUGCAUUAAAAAUGCUCUUAAAUUUGGGGAAGAGGGUCAAACCCCAUUGCCCAAUCUGAAGGUUUUUGUACUUAUAUUUAUUUGAAGGUGCGUAACCAAACUCCAAUCUGUAAAGCACUGUUUAUAUUUGAAUGGUGUUGCAACUAAAGCACAGAGAAUGAAGUCUGGAUUUUACAAAAACUAGUUUUCAUGUAGUUGAAUUUCCUUUGAAAUUUUGUCAACUAGGGAAUCUUACUUUCUAAAAUUGUAUCUGUGUAUAUAAUGUAUAGCUGUUAUUUAAAUUUGAUAAUUUCCAAUAAAUAUUUUGAUAGUUAUAAACUUGGUAUGACUCUAACUAUAAACCUGUACUACCCUAGACUUACUGCACUGAAUCUUUCCAAGAAGGAUCAUACCUGAUACUUUAGAAUAUAUUCUAGGGAACUGAAAGGGGAGUUUCUGAACCAGCUAUCUAAUGUUCAGUAAGGAAAGAGCUGUUGGACCAUCCUUUAUCUUUCAUUUGAGUAGCCAGCCUAUGAUUCUUCAAGGGAAGGGAGCACCUUUACAAAUAUUUUUUCUUCUGCUACUUAAUUUGACAGGCUCAGUCUCCACAAAUGAAGAACAAAGAACAAAUAUAGUUUGCAUUUAACUUUAUUGCAAGAUAAAAUAAAUAGAUACCUUAGAAAAUGCAUUGAGAGGGGCAUGCAGCUUGUUGCAUUCCAUCAUGAUUUCAGCUUUAUAUAAAUUUCAGAAAUCCACACCUACUUUCAGUUCAAGAAAAUACCACUGCAGCACAGCACUUACUCAGUAUUGUAGUUAUGCAGACAAAUGCUCUGAUAGACCAGUGUGUAUAGAAAGUCCUAUCCAAUGGCAAAGCUUGUUACAGUAACCUCAGGAGUAAUUCUGGUUUUAGUAUCUCUUGCACCGCUCCUGAAAUGCGGUACUAGAGACUAGUAUGAGGGUAAGUGCAAGAAAGUAUAAACCAAGACUGACACAGUGCCUAAAUUUUUAGGUAUUAGGAAGUCCUGUACUGCUGCUGUCCCAAACCACAAUAAAUUUAGGAAAAAUUACAAAGACUAUAAAUCUAAUCAAAGUAGAAUUACUUUAAGUUGUAAAACUGUUCUUCUAAAUAAUAACUUCAAAGGUAAAUGUUUACGAGGCUUUUGGCAACACUCAAGAUAGUCUUUAGUCUAUGAUUGCCCCAAGAAAACAUGUAAGGAAAUGGCAAGUUAGAUUCCAGGGAGAAAGGGAGCUAUUUUU